UCUCAGUCACAUGUAGUGCGUCCAGCGGAGGCAGAACAAGAGGAAGAGGAGGAAAAAGAAGGAGGAGGAGGAAUCAGCAGCAGUCAGUCUCACAACCUGUCUGUGGUGUUCAGGAAGCAGAGACUCCCCUGCAGCUCCUCCAGCUCCUCCAGCUCCUCCGGCUCCACAUAUGGUUCUCCUCCGGCACAUCUCCAUCGCCCUGACCGCCGCCGUGGCUGCCCUGGGCUCAGCUCUCUUCAUCGCCUUGAACUUCUUCUACAAGAGGCGAAUAUGGUCACCACAAGCGGAAUACUGCACCAUCAAAGAGGAGGAGGAGGAGCGUGGGAAGCGUCAGGUCCUGGUCCUGGGUCUGGACGGAGCCGGGAAGAGCAGCAUGUUGCAGGGUUUGACUCCCGGGGAGUCGGCGGCUAAGAGGGGACGCUGCCGGCCCACCCGUGGAUUCAACUUCAUGAGCCUCAACGCCCCCGCCUGUCAGCUGGACUUCCUGGAGAUCGGUGGCGGUGAGGACCUUCGACGUUACUGGUCGGACUACCUGAGAAAGACUCACAUUCUGGUGUACGUGGUGGACUCAUCUGACAGGAGCCGCCUCCCAUUGGCUAAGGCUGAACUGCACCGCCUGCUGAGGGUGGAGCCCCAGCUGCCCGUGGUCGUCCUGGGAAACAAGCAGGAUAAACCCAACGCUUUGAGCGUGUCGGAGCUGCGCGAAGCCUUGUCUCUGGGCUCCUUGACCGAGGACAGGAAGCUGUUCCUCUUGGCCGCCCAGCUGGGUUCUGACGAGACCCUGAGGAACUCCUGCCGGGGCCUGGACACCUUCCAGGACCUCCUGCUCCAGCUCGUCUGAUCUCCCCCACCCCAAAGCAGAGUAGUGGGAUACGGAGGGAUGAAAACAAAGGGAUGGCUUAAAGCAAUCCUCCUCCUAUUCUUCCUCCUCAUUGUUAAAGCUCUGGCUUAUUUGAGGCAGAGGAGGAGGAGGAGGAUUCUGAAAGGCUGCGGGAACUGCAGCAGAGAAAUAACUGAAGAAGAAGCCAAGAUGGAGCGCAAAGCCUUGCAGUAUCUCCCUCUUCUUCCUCUUCGCCCUUUUCAAACCACAUCAGUUUGUUUUAGAAAAUCCUUCAGCUCAUCUAAUCGUACAGCUUUACUAGAAGAGGAGGUGCAGAGCAAGGAGGACAGAAGGUGGAACAGAGGGAUGAAGGUUUGACUCAGAACCACGAAGUUCACCUCCUGCCAAUGAUUCAGGCUUUGGAUUACUCUGAAUGUCAAACUGUGACAGGUUGUGAUUAAAGCAUGUGGAUUAUACUGUAUAUAAACGGAAAUAUGUCUCGUUUAUAGAUUUACAGGUUUCGUCUGGUUUGCUGUUUACUGAAAACCUUUUGUGUGUGACCAGAGAAGUCAGCAGAGCAGAACAGGUAAUAAUCAGGGUUGCCAGGUUGGAGCCCCGGGGACUAAUACUCCCCCCCAGCUCAGUGAUUUAAUCAACUGGGUGAUUGGAAGAUACUCGCUGACUACUCCUACAUGUGGGCUUUUCUGACAUUCAGUGGGAUUUCAUGAGAGGUUUAAAGGGACCCUCUGACAUUAUGAAAAAAUUCUUGUCAGGUUGUGAGAGAAAGUUUCUUCUCUUUUCCAUGACUUUCUUCGCAUAAGAGCAUUUUCAGCUUCUCCAUUUGAAAGCAAUUCCUUUUUAUUUACACAAAUCACAGCUACAUAUCUCACAUAUAAGCCAAAUAAUCAUCAGAUUUCUUAAUCAGAUGACACCUCCAAAAUAACUAAGUUAUAACAAAGUAGUAUCCGUGUAUCCAAUCACUAAUUUUAUGCACAUUUUGAAAUAUCGCAUUAGAAAGCUGUAUGGAAACGGCAAAAUUCGAUAAAACUUUUUCAUAUGAAAAAUAUGAUUUUUAAGCUUAUUUCAGGUGUUUUUUUUUUGCCUUUUUCUAACUCACAUGACGGAUCAGCUGUUUCUGCUGUAUGGUCUCUUUACAGAUAUUCCCAUAACGUGCAAAUGCUUUUCUCGCCUCCCGACAGCACAAUCACUAGGUGACACGAAGGAACAAUUCAAACUUUCCCAAUUGAAACAAAUUCCUGAAGACCUUUCUUGUAGAUAGUGAGAUGGCCAAGGCAACUUGUUUUGUUUCCAGUUCAAAAACUCUACUUCUUUUACUCGUUUUACUGGUGGAUUACAGCCAUGCAUAGCUUUCAGUGCCAACUUCUGACAAAACUAUACUUAUGCUGAGUUUAUUUGCUUUACAUGAUGAACCAACUUCUAAUAAUUGCAUAAUGGUAGUGAAUGGAAACAUGCAUUCAUUCGCAUUUUCUUUUACCGAUUUUCUCAAAAUUCAGUUAAAAUUUUGUAAAGCAUUUGGAUAAAAACUUGGCUUCAGACAAGAACUAGUAUGCAGUGAAACACACAUCCUGAAUGUAUAAAUGCAGAUGUGCUAUAUUUGGCUUAAAUCUACUUGUACACAUGAACUGGAAUUAGCUAGAAUCAGAUUUUGAAAUGCUUUGUGUGUGUGUGCAGCAACGUUUGCUUAAGACGCACAAGUUUUUAAAGAAUGUGACGUUUUAUUCCUUUUGAUGUAUUGUUAUUCUGCAGAAAUGUUGUUUUAACAGUCACCAAGAGUUCAGUGGAUUGUUGAAUGUACAUUGUUUUUUAUAAAAGAUGACUGUCAUUCUUGUUUUUAUGUGUUAUGUAAAUGAAACUGUCAGAUAUGAAUAAUGCAUGUCUUUAUGUUUUGUUAUUCUCUUUUAAACAUUAUUAAAGUGUCGGCUGCAGUUUCUUAGUCAGCAAGAGUCCAUUAGGGUUAUUUAGACAGUUUGGCCUUAAGACUAGAAGUUUUAAAAUGAAAAAUAUAUUUUGCCGUGGAGUUAGAAAGACGUGAGUUUACAAGACCAUUGUGGAAUAAAAAAAUCUCUGGUUCUGCUGCAUUGAUUUUGAUCAUUUUAUAUUUUUUUACUCUCCAUCUUCAAAUUCAGCGUUGGUAAUUAAGUAGUGUAACUAAAAAGAAAAAUCCUUUAUUUUAUCUUGUAAAAUCUCUUCUGCAUAAAAGACGAGAUGGGGCUACAACUGGAAAUAUGUGGAGAGAAGACAUGCCAAUAAACAUAGUUAUGUACUCAACCUGUGUGCACAACAUGUUCUCAAACAUAUCCAUAAGAUGACCUCAUGAUAAACUGAUAACAAGCACAGAAGUGGAAAAACAAGUCUCUCCCUCUGCUGACUGGGCAUAUCAAUGCAAACACAAACACAGAUAGUAAUCUACAGGCCUCUAAAGGCAGCCUGACCUUACUUCUGUCGGGCAGAGUUCCACUUCUGGUGUA